UGUAUUUAUCCGGCUCUGCUCGUGCUCGCUUUGGGCUUCAAUCUCCAUGUUUGCGCAGCCAACUCAAAUCCAAGCGCUCGAUCCCCUGGCGAUGUCUUGCGAUCCAUGGGUUGCUCCGGGAAACGCAGCGGACGGUGAGUGGUGAGGCCUGGGGAACGGCGGAGGAAGGAGUGUUAGGGCGACAAACAGCUGAAGAAGAAGGAGGGUUGCUUGUGGACAAGGAUUGUUUAGGGGACAUAAAAUGCAGACAGGCAAACCAAGCAGGCCCGGGUCAUUAGAAGUGCCUCAUAAUAAAACGUCUCCAAUCACGCCUAGGACUCGUGUAAGCAAGAGUGGAGACAGGGAAUGCAAUUCUACUUCUUCUACUGCUACUUCAGCAACAUCAACAAGGACUCCAACUGAUAGGAGUCCUAAAGUUCUAGUGCGUAGAUCUCCUAGAAGCCCAGUAUCUGAGAGGAAACACCCUACCAGGUUGUCUGAGUUGGAAUCUCAGUUUUGUCAGAUCCAACUGGAUCUUAAGAAGACAAGGGAGCAACUCAAUUCAUCUGAAAUAUGUAAGAAACAGGCGCAGCAGGAAGUGGAAGAGGCCAAGAAACAACUUCAGGAAAUGACCGGAAAGCUAGACAAUUCUCAGCGGCAGCUUGUUGAGUUUUCAGCAGCAGAAGAAGCACGCCUGCAUGAACUCCGCAAAAUUUCACAGGAGCGCGACCGGGCAUGGCAGUCAGAGUUAGAAGCAAUCCAGAAACAGCACUCCAUCGAUUCAACCGCUCUGGGCUCAGCCAUGAUUGAGAUACAGAAAUUGAAAGGGCAGCUUGAAAUGGUUCUUAAAUCUGAGGCUUCCCAGUUAAAGCAAUCUGAAUUGGCAUGCUCUGAGCUUCAAACUUUGAAGCAAGAUAUGGAAGAAACACUUUUGAUUGUUGAAAAUUUGAAGAUUCAGCUAAAAGAUAGUAAAAAGUUAGAGGCUGAGGCAUGGGCUUUGGUUGAUGAGACUCGAGGGCAGUUAGAGAUGGCUAAGACCACCAUUGAGACUCUACGCUGUGAAAGACUGAAGCUCCAGACAUCCUUUAGGUCCAAGGUUGAAGAUUUAGAAGAAUCUAGGGUUGAAGAUUCAAUGCAAAAUGUUCUGAAGACUUUGUACAAGGACACCUCUUUAGAAUCAGAAGUAGAACAGCUAAAGUCUGCCCUUGAAUCAAUUGAGAUCAAGUAUCAAGCUGAACAAAUCAAAAGCACAAUACAGAUUCAGACUGUUUAUGAGGUAAUAGAGCGAGGCAGGAGUGAGUUUGAACUCAAAGAAGCUGAGCUAGAACAAUCAUUGAAAAAAGCGAAAGCAGAGAUUACUGAACUUAAGUCAAAAUUGAUGGAGAAAGAGGCAGAGUACCAAAAGUUAGCAGAUCAGAAGGAAAUGAAUAUUGCCAAUGGAGAAGCUCAGAAAGCACAAGUGCUACAUGAAUUGGAGUUGAAACUUCUGAAAUCAUCUAAUGAAAUUGCCGAUUUGAAGGUCAAUCUCAUUGACAAAGAGACUGAGCUGCAGAAUAUUCUGGAGGAGAAUGAGAUACUGAGGUCUGAUCUAUCGAACAGAGAGGCGGAGAAUCGUAAUAACUACGAAGCAACUAUUGCUGAACUGGAGUUGGCAAAAGCUGCAGAGCAGGAUGCACUCAUAAGACUGGGAUGUGUUACUGAAGAAUCUGACAAGAACAGUAGGAGAGCUGCAAGAGUUGCUGAGCAACUCAAUGCAGCUCAAACUGUGAAUUCCGAAAUGGAAUCUGAGUUGAAGAGGCUGAGGAUACAGUGCGAUCAAUGGAGGAAGGCAGCUGAAGCCGCCACAAGCAUUCUUGCUUCUGAAAACAAUGGAAGCCAUAUGGAAAGGACUGGCUCACUGGAGGGAGACUAUGGUUCAAUCGCUGGGAAAUUGAUGAGCUCACCGUUCUCCGACGAGCUGGAAGAAGAAUCACCCAAGAAGAAGAAUAGUAAUGUGCUCAGGAAGAUUGGUGGCUUUUGGAAAAAGAGCCCCAAGUGACCAUUGCUCAAGAUGUCUUACAAAUCCAUCUAUCUAAUUUCUGAGGCACUAAAUACUUUUGCUCUCGCUGAGCAAAAUUUCACCAGACAAAAUAUAUCUAUUUCUCGUAUAGACUCUCUAUUUACUUCCGAUACUCUAGUUUUGUUUAUGGUACUUGGGGAAUACUGCAUGAAAUUUCUACUUCCAUGGAACAGUUAGGAACAUGUCUGGGUUCCAUCACUACCGGCUUCAAUGCUAUUGAACGAUAAUGCUUUUCCCUUUA